AUGUCUUCCAUCGCCCUUCUAGCCCUCUUGGGUACUGUGGCUUCUGCAGCCAAAGUCUGCACCAAUGUGACUGUGCCAGUCUACAUCAACGCAAGACAGGCUGUCUUCGACGUCCCUACCCUGGAGUCAAACCUCGAUGCAGUCAAGUUUUCUCUCGACUUCACUAACAUUGGCAUGAACUACACCGAUGUUGUCACUACCGGGUUCCAGACCGUCACUGGAAGCUACAACAUCAGCGCCAAAUACUGCAAGCCUGAAGGUGACAACAGUGCCAACCCUGUUGUCCAGGUCCUGACUCACGGGAUUGGUUUCGACAAGAGCUACUGGGACUUGUCCUACAACAACUACAACUACUCCUACAUCGAUGUUGCUGUUGCUGCUGGCUACCACACUGUGUCCAUCGACAGAUUCGGAAUCGGCAACUCUUCCCACGCUGAUCCUCUCAACAUCGUUCAAGCUCCUGCUGAGGUGUCUGCUCUGUAUGAGAUUACCUCCAUGCUCCGCAACGGUACCUUCCCUCAGGUCAGCCAGAAAUUCGGCAAGGUAGUGCACGUCGGACACUCUUUCGGCUCUCUCCAGAGUUACCUUUUGACAGCUCUCUACCCCGGUUCCUCUGACGGUGUUGCUCUCACUGGCUUCUCUAUGAACGCUACCUGGCUGGCUCAAACCCUCGCUGAUUGGAACCUGCAUCUCGCUCGUCUCAAUCAACCUCUUCGCUUCGGCGAUCAGUCCGUCUCGCGCACCAAGACUAACACCGCCUGGCUCGGUCAGAGCGUCAUCUCGAUACUUCAGUCUGCUCUUAGCGCUGUUGGUAUCGACCUCUCGAGCUCUGAUAUCUGGCAGGAAAUCGCUACCACUGAAGUUGGUGAUAUCAUCAACGGCUGGAAUGCUACUGUCGCCCCUGUUGCGCAGAACCUGCCUACCGGAUACCUCACCUGGAGCGAUUUGACAAGCAACAUCUUCGCCUUCCUGUAUCCUGGCUACUUCGAUGUUGGCGCCGCUGUCUUUGCUGAGAGCACCAAGCAACCUGUUACUCUUGGAGAAGUCUUCACUCUUGGCAAUGGUGCUCCUGCUACCUCUCCUCUCACCGGUCCUGCUCUCGUUUUGACCGGCCGUCAAGACACGAUCUAUUGCGGAGGUGAUUGCCUCGCCACUGGCGGUGCUGCUGCUAGCAUUCCCGCUGGAGUCGGGGCGGCAUUCCCUAACGCCAGCAAGUUUGAAGCCUACAUUCACCCAAACACUGGCCACGGCAUCAACUUCCACUACAACUCCACCGGUGCUUACAAUGUUAUCCAAAACUUCUUUGCUUCCAACGGUCUCCAGAGCUCAUAG